UUUCUCUCUCCUCCCAAACUUCCAUGUAAUUCUGGGCAGAAGCCAUAGCAGUAUCUUACAACCUCAAUCCCAUACUAGAGAAAACCAGAGAAACUUCAAGCUCAGAGAAAUUGCAGCUAUGGCAGAAACGGCAAACCCUGGAAGUGAUGUUCCUGCUAAUCAAACUAUCUAUAUCAACAAUCUCAACGAAAAAAUUAAGCUCGAGGAGUUGAAGAAGUCUCUAAACGCUGUGUUUUCUCAAUUCGGGAAGAUUAGGGAGGUAUUAGCAUUCAAGACAUUGAAACACAAAGGUCAAGGUUGGGUUGUUUUUGAAGAGGUUUCUUCAGCUACCAAUGCGCUUCGCCAAAUGCAAGGGUUUCCUUUUUAUGAUAAACCUAUGAGAAUACAAUAUGCAAAGACCAAGUCAGAUGUAAUUGCAAAAGCUGAUGGUACUUUUGUUCCUCGAGAAAAACGAAAGAGACACGAGGAGAGAGGUAAGAAGCGGAGGGAACAACAUGAUGCUACUCAAACAGCUGCGGGCAUGAACUAUGCGGGAGCAUAUGGCGUAGCUCCUCCUCUUUCACAGAUCCCAUAUAUGGGUGCAAAACCGAUUGUCCCAGAGCUCCCAGCUGCACCAAAUAACAUACUUUUUGUUCAGAAUCUUCCGCAUGAUGCAACUACAUUGAUGCUGUCGGUGUUGUUUAGACAAUAUCCUGGCUUCAAGGAGGUGCGUAUGGUAGAAGCAAAGCCCGGUAUUGCAUUCGUGGAGUAUGAAAAUGAAAUGCAAUCAACAGUUGCAAUGAACGCCCUCCAGAAUUUUAAGAUGGUUGGAGAUAAUGAUAUGUUAAUUACAUACGCAAAGAAAUAGUUGGAUAUCUGAGUUUAAACUUGCAUAUGUUGGGAUGGCUUGUGAUCUGGGAACCUUAACUUGUACUGUUGUUUCUGAGCUGCCAUUUGUCCUUUAUGCUAUUUUUAGACACCAUGAUAAUUAUAUAUAGUUCAGGAUGUAAAAUUUUAGUUGGAUACAUGUUUUUCUUAUUGUAACUGCAAUCAAAUCCAAAUAGUAUUGAUAA